UGAUCAACCGAGACCACAUUUAACUUUAAUUGUGCGUUGUGGGUUAGCGCGACACAUCUUCUCGUUCUUAAAACUUUAACAAUUUUCUAAAAUCCAUUAGUUAACUUUCGAUCUUUGACACGAAGGCCACAUAUUCAGGUCCAAAAUGAUAGUCUUCUUUAUUCUUCCAUUAUUGGCAGUUCCAGUCUUGUCAUCUUUCGAUAAACUAAAUUGUUAUCCUGGAAGUUUUGUUGUCGCUCUAUCAGAUGGAGGAAAAGCUCACGUAGAUGGAGCGGAAGUGAGUGCCCUUUUCCGAAGGGACAAGGUUCGCGUUUAUACAUAUCCAGAUACGGCUGAAGCUGACGUUAGAAUCAAUGGCACGAUCCUAAUGUUUAAAGGUAACUUGUCCAUCGCAAAUUCAGGUGCACCAUCACAAAUAAUUGAGCAAGUAGCUUAUUUUCAAACGAAAGGUAUUGGGAAAUUGAAGGAACAUCAUCACAAGACUAAAUUUACUGAAUGUGAAAUUUCCUUUGUGAACAAUGAGUCUGAGAGUUUGGAUAUCCCUCAAGAAGUGGAAGACGAAUUUGAAAGAAUUGCACAUUAUUGCAUCGCCUACCAAAUGUGCGCAAAAAUAGAAACCAUCCAACCGGAAGAUUAUGACAUUUUAACAAAUCCUGACAAUUCCGGUCCAAUUUAUGUUUAUUAUAAAGAACAAAAAACAGAUCAAUUUUCUACUGUCAAUUACACGAUUGAUGAAACAAAAGAGGAUGUAGAACUUCAGUCAUUUGUCAACACUAUUGUCGACAUUACCUUGGCUGAAGUUAUUAGUCAGUUAAAGAAAAAACAUGACGAAAGCAUUAAGAUUCCCGACAUAAAUAAACGUUUUUCGUUUGGGUCUGGCUUUUUCAAAACGAGUGGUAAUUUUGAUGCUACGGAUGGCCAUUUUAGCGACCUCACAACUUUAAAAAGAACGAACGACGCAGUACUUGAACGUCAGGGCUCAAAAUUUGCCGCAUCAUGUGGUUUUGGACUUUCCACAGCCAGAAUUAAAUACGAUCAUUACAAGAUAAAAUACGGCCUUAUAAAAGUCAGUGGGCAGAUGUCCGCAGAUGUGAACGGAAUAGCUAUUAACUCCAAAGUUUCUGUAGAUUAUAAUCAGCAGCCUUGUAAAGCCGAGAUAGAGUAUUUUAGGAUUUCAGAAUUUGGAAAAGUCAAGAUCAGGGUUACUGGAUUAGGACCACUCAAUUCAUUAGCUUCCUCUUUAGUGACAUGGAUAACGAAAAAGUUGCAUACAGAUAUUGCGGAUUUAAUUGAAACAAAAGUAACAGAUAUUAUGCAGACUCAAGUCGAGAAUUUUAAUUGUGAAAAAUACAGAUCAUAUGCCAAAUUUGAUCCGUCUCCUAUAAAUAUUCACUGAAAAUGAAAGCUUUAUAUAUAGGAAGACAAAUACUGGUUAAAAAUGCUUUAAAAAGUCUUUUAUGAUAGACUCGAGACAAUUUUUUAAUUAUCAAAAUUCCUCAACAG